AUGACAUUCAACCAGACAAAUGAUCAAGUUUUAACCAAUUCUCAUGAAUCCAACACAGAUAUUCAAACUGCUAUCCAAUCAAUCAAAGAAAAUCUACAACAAUCGUCUGAACUAACAUUGGAGCAGCAACAACCAUCCGCCACUUCGGAUCAGGAUAGCACAGACCUCAAUCACUUUGAUGACCUCACUGAGAAACGUCAACUCAUUAACGAACUUCUUCUUGAUAAUAGAAAUACCGGCAAAGAAGGAGAUGAAUUCUACUUGAUAUCAAGCGAAUACCUCACCAAGUUUUUAAACUUACCUGUUGACAACUUGUACGAAUUGAAACAGCAGUUGGGCCCUAUUAAUUGUACAUCUAUUGUUGAUUCUCUUGGUAACUUGUACCCAGAAAACAAUGAACCGAUCCCCACCUACAAUAUUUCCAAGGAAAUCUUUGAACAUUUGUCAAGUUGGAUGGGAGUUGUUGGUAAUCCAGUGUCAAGAAAUUUAAUUAUAAAUUCUGACACUGGUGCUAAAGAAGUUGAACGAUACCCAGUUACCUUUUUGGUGCAUCAAUUAGGUUCUCCUAAGAGACAACAACAUAUCACAUCACAUUUCAGAAGUUCACACCGCCCUCAGGCUCCACCACCCCCUCCUCCCCCUGUUCCAAUUGCCCUUUCACGAACAAAAACAUUUAAUGAUCUUAUUGAAACUAUCCGAACCAACAUAUUCAAAACAUCCAAGAAGUCAAUAAUUUCCGAUUUUAGAAUUUGGUUUAUUGAUGAAGACUCAUUACCUUUCCAUAUCCCAAUUUCUGCAUUUGUAUAUGAAAUUGGUCAAAAAUCGUUGGUGACUCAUUCGUUAUUUGGCCUGACUAUUAAAUCUCAAGGUAUUACUAAAGGAACAUACGAUAUAUUGAUUGAAGUUAAAGAAAGGAACCAUUUCCCUCUUGACCAGUUUGUAUUAUCACAUAGCAAUGCGGUUACAACUGCAGCAGGUGCAGCUUCUACAUCCACCUCUGGUGGUCAUUUAGGUUUAUCUAAUUUGGGAAACACAUGUUAUAUGAACUCAGCAUUACAAUGUUUGUUACACGUACCGGAAAUCAACUUUUAUUUUUAUUACAACAUUUAUAAGCAAGAAUUGAAUGUCAAUAAUCCAUUGGGAUAUCAUGGUAAUGUUGCCAAUUCAUUUGGCUCAUUGUUAAAGCAAGCAUUUGAUAAACGUGGUAGUGGCAGUGGAAGUAUUUCACCACGAGAUUUUAAAUCUACAAUUGGAAGAUAUUCAUCCAUGUUUUCCGGGUAUUUGCAACAAGAUUCUCAAGAAUUUUUAAGUUGGUUAUUAGAUGCAUUACAUGAAGAUCUUAAUCGUAUCCACGAGAAACCAUAUUGUGAAAAACCAGAAUUGAAUGAUGAUGAAAUUAAUGAUUCCAAGGCGAUUAUCGAACUUUCCAAAACUUGUUGGAAUCAACAUUUGGCAAGAAAUGAUUCAGUAAUUACCGAUUUGUUUACUGGGUUAUAUCAAUCCACCUUAGUUUGUCCCGAUUGUUCAAAGACUUCAAUCACGUUUGAUCCAUUUAAUGAUUUGACUUUGCCAUUACCAAUAAGCAAGAAAUGGUAUCAUACCUUUACAAUUGUGGAUUUGUCACCGGCUGAAACCAAGACUGGUACCCGAAUCAUGAAGUUGGAAGUUGAGUUGAAUAAAACAUCGAAUUUUGAUGAUUUGUUGAAUUACUUGGGCAAUUUCCUUAAAACUCCAACUACCAAUUUAUUUAUUUAUGAAAUUUUCCAUAAUUCAUUCUAUAGUGAUUUUCAACGGGAUUAUAUCAAAAAUAGAUUCCAUCCUAUAGGUGAUAUUAUUCGUGAUAAUGACGAAAUUAUAGUUUAUAUAAUUCCUCAUGACCCAGAGUCUGAUAUUAUUGUUCCUGUCUUCAAUGCUGUGGAAAAUGCGGAUAAAUCGUAUAAAGUUACUAACAUUUUCGGUAUCCCAUUGUUUGUCGUGUUAAAUAAGGAGAAAGAGGCCAUUAGUUUUGGACAAGUUCGUAAGAAAUUGGUUGAAGUUGCCAGUGUUUUGACUACUGUUGAUUUAGUAGAUGAAUAUGAAACCAUCAAACAAAGUAAGCCAGGAUAUAUCGCCAAGGAAUAUUAUAACAAGCACGACUUUACCGAUGUGGCAUCAAUUUCAGACGGAGAAGAAUCAGAGGGAUAUGAUUCCGAUGUAUCACUUGCCAAUCCCUAUGUUGAUGGCGAUUUCGGGUUCACCAUGAUGUAUAUUCAUGAUUAUAAUAGCCAUAAGUUGACGUCGCUGUCUUAUUUCAGAAGCAAGUUUUCCAAGAGCAAGAAUGAAAAUGACAAUAGCCAAGGAUUGACCAUUAAUGUUCCAUUGCACAAGCCUAACUUCCACGAAUUUAAAUCCUUGGCAGAUCAAUUACCUGAAAAUAAGCGGAACUAUUACCAUCAUCUGAAAGUUGUUAAUGCCAGUGAGGAAGUACAAGAAGAAACCGACAAGGCAGAUGAGGAGGAUGCUGUGGCUGCUGAAUCAGAAGAUUCUUCAACAACCGACGAAGAAUUUGUGAUGGUUGAUCCUAAAGUUAAUGUUCCUCCAGUUGUGCCUAUCAUUCCGCCAUCGGUAUCUGAGCUGGUUGAAGAGCAAUUGAGUGCCGAAGUGGCUGUUGAUGAUGAAGAAGAGGAGGAGGAGGAAACCGAAAAUGAAAUGGCCGUGGGUAGUUUAUUUGACUCUACAGCAAACUUACCCUUAGCUCCAGGGUCCGAAUCCACAAUCCCGUCCAAUGUUAACUCACCAAGAUCUCCUGAAGAUUCUGGUGAGGAUGAACAAAGACCUCUUGUUACUAAAGACACGAUAUUAUUAUGUGAUUGGGAUAAUGAGAUUUUCCAAAGAUGUUUUGGCGAGGAGGAAUUGACUACUUGGAAUGAAAUCCCCAGUUUAUCAAAUCCCGAAUUAGAACAAAACCGGGCUCAUUUUGAACGUCAACGCAAGGCUAAGAUAUCCCUUUAUGAUUGUGUACGGAGUUUUGGUACCCCUGAAGUUCUUGGAGAACAUGAUUUGUGGUAUUGUCCAAGAUGUAAAGAACAUAAACGUGCUACUAAAACUAUUCAAAUUUGGUCUACAGGUGAUAUUUUAACUAUCCAUUUGAAGAGGUUUCAUAGUGCACGGGCAUUCAGUGACAAGAUUGACAUUUUAAUUGAUUUCCCGAUCAAUGGAUUAGAUAUUCUGAGCUAUGUUAGUGAUCCUAUCCAAACUGAUUGUGUGUAUGAUUUAAUUGCCGUUGAUAAUCAUUAUGGUGGGUUAGGUGGCGGACAUUACACUGCCCUGGUUAAGAAUUUCCGCGAUAAUAAUUGGUACUAUUUUAACGAUUCACGAGUUACCAGAAUUGAUCUGGCUGAAGAAGUAAUCACCAAUGCUGCCUAUCUUUUAUUCUAUAGAAGGAGAAGCACCAAUGAAUUUUUAGGUAGUGAAAAACUAAAUUAUAUGCUUGAGAAGGGCCGCGAUCAAUAUAACCAGGAAUUGGUUAAUCGACAAGCUAGUAUUGAUGUGAUUGCCGAACAAAUUAAACAAUAUGGUGAAUUUGAAUCAAACUUGAUUAAACAAAUUGAAUUGGAUAAAGAGUUGGAAAGUCGGAAAAAGAGAAAUGCUCAGUUUAAUCUUGACGAGGAGCAACUUGAUUCUUCCGAAGAAGAGGAAGAGGAAGAAGAAACUUCAGAAGAAGAGAGUGAUGAUAAUGAUAAUGUUCGCAAACAGAGAUUAAUCUCCAAGGGGAACAAUAAUAGUAAGUUGAUUCAAAUUAAAAGUAAUGGUAGACAAGAGGUUACUUCCUCGCCUAUUAAUUUGGAGGAAUCGGAUGGUGAUCUUUAUGAUGGGGCUGUAUAG